AUGGGCCCGCCGGACGCCACCACCGGCGCCCUACCCAGCACCCCGCUCGCAGAGAACGACAACCUGGACGGGCUGUACCAGGACUCGCUGGAGCUCAUCAGCCGCUACCUGCGGGAGGCCGCGGAGCUCUGCGGGCCCGGCGGCAAGAAGCUCUUCAGGCGGCUGCUGAGUGGGCCGUGGGGCGCGGGCCCCGCCACCAUGGAGAAGGCGCUGGAGACGCUGCGGAGGGUGGGCGACGGCGUCAUUGAGAAGCACCAGAUCGCCUUCCAAGGGAUGCUUCAGAAGCUUGACAUCAAGAAUGAGGAUGAUCUGAAGUCAGUGACUGCUGUUGCAACCCAUGUUUUCAGUGAUGGAGUAACAAACUGGGGUAGAAUGGUGACACUCAUCUUUUUUGGUGCCUUUGUUGCAAAACACCUGAAGAGCAUAAACCAGGAAAAUUGCAUCAACACACUAGCAGGGAUUAUCACAGAUGUGCUUGUCAGAGGCAAACGAGAUUGGCUAGUUAACCAAAGAGGCUGGGUAAGUGAGAGAUUGCAGGGACUGAAUGUGACUAAUGAAGUUGUCCAUCAGUCUAGUAAUAUUUACCUAUCUGUGACUGACACUUGGUGACACCUAUGCUUGUACAUGCCUAGGGUAUACAGGGUGAUUUACCAGUCCA